AUGAGCGGUGUGGCUCGCUCCAGGGGAGCCGGUGGUGGGGCCUCUGGGUUCCGGGGCGCAGCAGGUGGCUUUGGCAGUCGCAGCCUCUACAACCUAGGUGAAAAGAGUAUCUCCUUCAGUGUGGCAGCUGGGGGCUCAAGGGCUGGUGGCUUUGGUGGAGGAUAUAGCAUCUGUGCCAGUGGCUUGGGUGGUGGCUAUAGAGGUAGCUUUGGGGGUGGAUAUGGGAGAUUUGGUGGUGGCAGAGCAAUGGGAGGUGAGUUUGGGGGAGCUGGUAAUUUUGGGGCAGCUGGAGGUUUUGGGUCUGGUGGCUUUGGCCCUGGAAGCUUCUCUGGAGGAAUCCAGGAAGUAACUGUUAACCAGAGCUUCCUGCAGCCCCUCAGUGUGGAGACUGACCCCCAAAUUGGGGAAGGGAAGGCCCAGGAGAGUGAGCAGAUCAAGACUCUCAACAACAAGUUUGUCUCCUUCAUUGACCAGGUGAGGGUCCUGGAACACCAAAACAAGGUCCUGGAGAGCAAGUGGGAAUUGCUCCAGCAGCAGAGCAUAAUCUCUGGCUUGGGCCCCCACAAUCUGGCACCUUUCUUUGAAUCCUACAUCAGCUUCCUGCGCAAGCAGUUGGAUUUGUUUCUGGGGGAGAGGGGAGCCUGGAGGGACCUGAAGAACAUGCAGCAUCUGGUGGAAGACUUUAAAAAGAAGUUGCAUGACAUGGAUGCAGCUUACAUGAGCCAGAAGGGGCACGUGGGCUGCCUGACAGAGGAAGUCAACUUCCCGAGGACUCUCUGUGAAACGGAGCUGUCCCAGAUGCAGAGCCAUGUCAGCGACAUGUCUGUGGUCCUCUCUAUGGACAAGAACUGCAAAUUGGACCUGGACAGCCUCAUUGUUGAGGUCUGCACCCAGUACAAGAUUGCCCAGAGGUACAAGGCUGAGGCUGAGGCCCUGUACCAGACUCUGCAGAGCACAGCUGGCUGGCAUGGGAAUUACCUAAAGGGCACCAAGAGCGAGAUCAUGGAGCUCAACAGGAUGAUCCAGAGGUUGCAGGCAGACAUUGAGGACAUCAAGAAGCAAGGGGUGGGGGCAUUCAUUGCAGAAGCUGAGGAGCAUGGGGAAUUGGCCCUCAAGGAUGCUAAUGCCAAGCUCCAAGACUUUCAGGUCCUACAGAAGGCCAAGGAUGACCUGGUCCAGCUGCAGCAUGACUACCAGGAGCUGAUGAAUGUCAAGCUGGCCCUGGACAUGGAGAUUGCCACCUUCUGCAAGCUGCUGGAGGGUGAGGAGUGCAGGAUGACUGGAGAGUGUCAGAAUACUGUAAGCAUUUCAGUGGUUCCAGGGAUAGCAGCUGUGGAGGGGUCAGCAGUGCCUGUGGCAGUGGGGGCAGGAGCAACAGCAGGGUCUACCAGAGUGAUGGGGUCCCUGGAACAGCAGGAGAAGGUGCUGGAGACCCACUGGUGCCUCCUGCAGCAGCAGAUGGCCACCUCCAAGGCCAGUGCCAAGGACAUGCAGCCUUUCCUUGAGUUCUACAUUCACUGCCUCCAGGACCACAAGGACAGUCUGCUGCUGGGGCUGGUGCCCUUCCAGGAGCAGCAGAAGGAGGCCCCAGAGACCAAGUGGUGCCUCCCGCAGGAGCAGGACUCCGUUCCAACACCAACAACCACCACCUUGACUCUUUUCUUGGAGAACUACAUCAGCAACCUCAAGGCCACCCUGAUAGGCUGCUCAGGAGGAGAACAGGACAGAAUCAUCACUGAGGUCAAGGCCCAGGAGAAGAGAAUCACCCAGAGGAGCAAGCCUGAGGCUGAGGCCCUGUAUCAGACCAAGAAGUAUAACCUUCCUACUUCCAGUCUCUGA